CAGGGGCAGACUGAUAACUCAUGGGGCCCCCGGGCAAUAGGGGAUCAUGGGGCCCCUGUGUCCUUGCCCAAACUCAAAAAAGCCUAUGAAAAAGGUACCAGGGGCAUCUCAUGGGGCCCCCUACUGACCCCGGGCCCUCAGGCAGUGCCCGAGUUUCCAAAUGGUCAGUCCGCCCCUGCCCCAUAGGGUCUUAAGCACAUGUACCAUUCAGUACAGUGUUCAGCCCCGUCCAGCCACAGCCUGAUGCCCCCGUUUGCAAGAAGCCCUAAUCCCUUGUUCUGAACAA